AUGGACGCCUUGGAGACCCAGGUUGAGGAGGCCGUGCAGGAGACUCAAGUCGCGGAAAGCUUGGGCGAGCUGCUCACUUGUGCCAAGUGCAAGAAGCCUCACCCGGCGAGCUUGCUGCUGCAGAAGUCGAAGAACAGCUACCUCUGCAAGCCCUGCAACCGCUUGUCCGCCUUCGUGUCCAAGCUGGAGUUGCCGGAAGGCUUUACCUCCUUGACCUCCGAGCAGCUCGUGGACUUCUACGGCGACGUCAAGAAGUACACAGACGAGAGGACAGGGCGGCUAAUUCACGAAAAAGUGAGUACCGCUGUUGUCCAAGUUCUGGAGAAGACCACCGAGAAGUCCCACGAGAGCAGCGAAGGAGGCGACUUCCUCCCGCUCUCUGUCUUGGUGAUGAGAGGAUGGGAUCCCGAACUCGUGAAAGAAGCCGGGGAGUUCCUUGACCAUCCGCGGCUCGGACCUUGCUAUAAGAUGACGGUCCUGAGUGAGUCCACUUCGCAGAAGAGUACCUUGAAGCGCAAGGAGUGCACGACUGUGAACCUGCGUGCGAAGAAGGGGAAAGGGACCAGGGCGUUACAAGCGGCAGCGGCUGCAGCUGGAGCUUCGAGUGAGAACGGCACUGAGACCAAGCAGGAAAGGCGGGACCGCCUGAAGCGGGAAGCCCACAAGAACAAGCAGCUGCAGAAGGACUUCAAGAAGCACACAGCGGCGGCUUCCAAAGCCGUGUCUGAGCUCCUGCCGCUGCUUGCGAAGGUUUCGGAAGAGACCAAAAGCAGCAGCAAGGCCCCGCAGCUCUUGGCAGAGGCCCAGGCCUUCCUGGCCGCAAGCACAGUGGGAGCAAGUCUGAGCUUCGAGCUUCUCCACGUCACGACCGAGGCCACCCUGCUCAAGAACUCCUUGUCUGCCGCAAAGCCUAAGAGGGCUGCGAAGAAAGCUGCUACCAAGAAGCCGGAGCAAGCUGAGGGCUGA